CAGUGGUUGCUCUCUAUCUCGCGCCCUCGGUCCAUCUUACCUCUCACAUCGCCGCAGUCUCCCUCCGCCAGCGCGCCCACCGUGUUGUUGUGGUAAAUAAUGGCGGCAUCGGGAGGCGGAUUACCAUCUCCCGCUACCGUGGCGGGCUCGAACAUCCAACACCCGGCCCGGGCUCGCUUCCCGGGCCGGCCGUGGGCGACUCGCAGCAGGCUGCGGUCGGAGAAGCGCACCAGACGCGGAAGGCUGGGCUCGGAUGACGGGGAGCUGGCUGUCGGAGGGCCGAGGCCCGUGAACAUCGGGCUCGCGUUGAGCGAGGACCCGUCCCUGCUGCGCCUGCUCGGGGUGGCGGAGAAGCACAGGCGGCAGAGGGAUGCGGGCUUCGAGUCCAGCAGCAGCAGCGAGGAGGAGGAAGAUUUCACUGGAUUUGGGACCUCGACAGUUUGUCCGAAGAAGACGUCUGGCACCGUUACACGGUCUUCGCCAUUCAGCCAAGCGAAGUCUUCCCGUGCUUCGGACCAUUCUCCGGAAACAAAACAUCUUGUUGGAAAAGUUAUACCCAACACCCCAAAACCAGCUCUGAUUGGGAAAAUUGUACCUAGGAUUCACAAAGAAGGCCUGGGUGUCAAAGAGAGCCCAGAAGAAGACAAACAAAUACCCAAGAUGAUCAUUAAAGUGCGUAGCAAGCGGUUAGUCCCCCCCACAAAAGCCAAACAUAAAGACGAGCAGGCCUCAGGCAGCCAGAGCAGUACAAGAUCAUCUGUCUUGACAAGGAAAGCAGGAGAAACAGGCAAGUCAGGCAGAAUGCAAAACCAAACAUCUGGUGACAUCAAGGAGGAAGAUGAGCUUUCAGAGGAUUCAGACUCGGACACAGACCAGUCCCAGCCACACAGCUCUCCGAAACCACUUGGGCACACCAGAAGCACAUCUCAAGCAGUUGCUCUGUCAUUUACAUCCAUCCACAGACGGCAGAGGAAGAGAAUUGUUAAGAGUACGGGUGCCUCUCCGGAGGCUGGAGCCGAGGCCGGUGCUCAGAGUGGAGAGGAGGCAGCAAUGCCCCUCGAGUGUAAAGCUGAAGAUUCCCCUAAGAAACGAAUUCACAAAAGAAAGUCUCUGUUUUGGUGCAAGAGAAAGCCGCCGCCAACCAUCAGACGCCCGAAACUGGGUCGUACUCGCACUAGGCGUGUUUUUUACACAUAUGUACCAGAGGCCAUUCCAGCCAUACUGACGCAGGACGAGGACAAGGAGCAGCUGAAAGAACAGAAUAUCACUCCAUCAGAAGGAGAACACAGCUCCUUUUCUGAACAAGUCCAGCAGAGCUCCAACUCCUCCGCUCCUUUGAUGAGCGCACGGUCCUCUCGAGUUAUUAAAACUCCAAAGAGGUUCUUGGACGAGCAAAUGAUUCCCUUUCCAAAGGGCCCUUUUUCCACAUUGCUUAAGAGUCAGCAGAGAGAGGAUGGAAAACCGAGUGCAUCACCCCAUGAGUCAGGUUAUGAUGGCAACUCGCUGCUGUCAGACAGUGACUCUUUAUCCGUUUACAACAGCCCGUCUGCUGUGAUGAAGUUCUCUUCGAAGCCCAGCUCAGGCACGAGCCACGUAGAGAUUUACAAGAACCUAAAAAAACUGACCUUGAAACUGGCAGAGAAAAAGAGAGGCCAGUGUGACACUCCGGAGGAUCACAUGUAUCACAGCGAAGGCUUGAGCGCUCAUGUCAAGAAGAGGCGGAGGUCAAAGCUCAUGAUGGAAGAGAUGGAGAUGGACUCUCCUGGUGUUGUGAGGAAACUAGCGGUGGUGGUGAACACUGAUGCGGAGAAGCCCUCUCAAACGCCGUUCGAAGAGUGUGGAAGCAAAAAUCAAGCAAAAGGCAUGACGGGGGAGGUUCAGGAGACUUUAGAAGUCAGUGGGCCCAGCCAUCGAAUAGGUCUCAGUGGAGCUAAUAAGAGGAUGCUCCACCUGCUGAAGAAAGCCAAAGUCCAGCUCAUCAAGAUUGAUCAGCAGAAGCAGCUCAAGUUGUCUCAGUUGGGCUCCAGAGAAUUGCAGGUGCCAGUAAGUGGAAGGAGGAGGAGGAAAGUUGUUACAUCUCCUCAAGAUACUAGUGCUCAGGAGCCGCCGCUGGGUGGUCCGAGGAUCAAACACGUGUGUCGGGCAGCAGCAGUGGCUCUGGGGCAGCCCCGUGCCAUGGUGCCAGAUGAUAUUCCCAGACUGAGCGCUCUGCCUCUGCACGAGAGAGAGGGCAUCACCUUCUCUCCCGCAACAGAAGAUGUGGCAGAUGAUGACGAUGACGUCUCUGAUCAGGGCAGGGCUCAGUGGGUUGUCUCACAGGAAAACAUCCAGCGGAGGAGGAUAGGAAGGGGGAGGGGCCACAAGUUUAGAAAGAGGAAGAUCAUGAGACGAUUUGGAGGCGUGGGAUCCCGCUCCCGGCGCUGCCAGGGCUGCAAAGGCUGUCUGAUAAAGGUGGACUGCGCCAAGUGUAUGAACUGCCUGGAUAAGCCCAAAUUUGGAGGGCCCAACACUAAGCGGCAGUGCUGCAUAUACCGAAAGUGUGACCAGAUUGUGAAAGCGAAGUUUGAACGCAUUGUCAGACCACUGAAAGGCCAGGAGAGGCGGAUGUCAGGCUCUAUGUCGAGCAGUGACACCGGGAACUGGGAGUUGGGAGGAGAAGGCGAGGCUCCGUCUGCAGUGACCCCUGGAAUCAGAAAACAGUCCCUGCGUAACAUCACACCUCGCUCCUACAGCAGCCUGCUUAAAUCUGAAUCUGAGGAAGAGGAGGGAAUAGGAGAAGAGGCUGAUGAGGAUAAAGCAACAGUCAAGGCAAAUGUUGCUGCUGCGAGCAAACAAGAUCCUGCUCCUCAAGACUGGAGAUCAGGGCCGGACGACCCUGCACCUGAAGUGGUGAAGCAUCGCCGGCUGUUCUCCAGAGGAGUCGGGAGCAGACCCAGAGCGAACAAGGCCGCAACAGACCGUCCACAGAAAUCCCUGCGAUUAUGUUUGCACCGUUUGCCCCAGUCUGUGGCGCAGUCAGCAUUACACAAACCUAUAUCAUCAUCCUCAUUUCAACAACUUCAGUCCCCACUGCACUCAGCUCAGACAGAGAUUUCAACACAGCCGUGUUUUCAGGAGUCUGAGGUGCAGCACCCACAUGUUUUGACUGAGACAUACAGAGCUAACAAAGAUGAAACUGUGGCAGUGCCGUCUCAGACUGUUGAUCCAGACACAGACUUGCAGGAGGGCAAACGAGAUGAGCAGAAGGACGUACGAGCGGAUCUGCCUGAAGAGGAGAAAGGGGAGGACGUUCCUGUCAAAGAGACGGUGCCGAAAAACUGUCCAACAAUUGACACGCACUCUGUCCUUCAUUCCCAGAAUUCUGCAGAGUGUGCAUCAGUGAACACCCUGACGGGGUUAACUAAUGGACUUCCCCAUAAGGGCCUGUUGCAGAACAAGCACAAGAUUCACGUGGACUUCAAGGAGGACUGUGCUGUUCAGAAUGUAUGGCUCAUGGGCGGCCUCAGCGUCCUCACAUCUGUCCCGACCACACCACAACCCGUCUGUCUGCUCUGCGCCAGUAAAGGACGACAUGAGUUGAUCUUCUGCCAGAUCUGCUGUGAGCCUUUCCACAGUUUCUGUCUCUCACCGGAGGAGCGCCCCCAGGGGGAGAACAAGGAGAACUGGUGCUGCAGGCGCUGCAAAUUUUGUCACGUUUGUGGACGUAAAAGCAAGAGCACGAAGCCUGUGUUGCAGUGCAAAAGAUGCCAAACCUCCUACCAUCCUUCCUGCUUGGGACCAACAUACCCUAAACCUAUGAACUGCAGCUUGCCCUGGGUGUGCAUGACGUGCAUUCGGUGUAAAAGCUGCGGUGUGACUCCUGGAAAGUCCUGGGACUUGGCCUGGAACCAUGAGCAGGACCUGUGCCCUGACUGCACUUGUCUCCACAAGAAAGGUAAUUUCUGUACGGUGUGCCAGAAGUGCUACGACGACAGCAGCCAACACGCACAGAUGAUUCAGUGUUCAGAGUGCAGCCACUGGAUUCAUUACAAAUGUGAAGGACUUUCGGAGGAGCUGUGUGGUUUGCUGUCGAGCCAAACGGAGGAGAUGGAUUUCACUUGUUCACCCUGUAGCGAGCACCAGAGUGAACCUAGCUGCUUGAAGGAGGAGCUGCAGAUCAGGCUGAUCGCCGGGCUUGAGGAGGUGCUCACUGACCUCCUCUCCCAUGAUGCCACCAAGCACCUACUUAUCUGUAAAGUGUGUCUGGAAACAAACGACUCAGGGUUUUUUAGGGAACAGCGACCCGUCUGUGAUCUGCAAGUGAUGGAGAGGAAGUUUGAAGAGGGAGUGUACACCUCAAUAAAAGUGUUCCACAAGGAUGUCAACUCUGUGAUGAGGAAGUGGCUGAGGGAGGAAGAGCUUUUCCCUGAGGAUCAGAGGCCAACUACUCGGGCCAAGGCACACUAUGUCAAAUUGGUGGAGCAGAUUUUCACUUGGCUUCCGUCCCCUAUUCUAAAAAAAUGGAACUCAUUCUCUGAUGAAUUUCCAAGCGGCAUGCUCCCUGAGGCCGUCCUUCCACCAUCUAAGGAGCACAGCUAUGCACAGUGGCUGGAGAGGACAUACCAGCUCGAGGAGUCCAGGGGCCCACCAGCGGGGAAAUCGGACCCUCUGCUAUCCUCACUCACUACAAAGCAGUCUGGUGCGACCCGCAGCCUCCCCCUGCAUUCACAUGGUGUGAAAGGUGACCUGAAAUCCAUCAGGACUGGAGAUUUGAGGCAAUGUGCACUAUGCCAAAAAUAUGGAGACUCUGCUCCUGCUGAUGCAGGACGGCUGUUAUACUUGGGGCAGAAUGAAUGGGCGCACAUUAACUGCUGCCUUUGGUCUGCAGAGGUGUAUGAGGACAACGGUGCUCUUUUGCAAGUGCACACCGCUGUCUCCAGAGGGCGCCACCUGCGCUGUGAUCGCUGUGGACAGUCGGGAGCGACUGUGGGCUGCUGUCUCGCCACCUGCCAGAGUAAUUUCCAUUUCAUGUGUGCUCGCGCCCAGAGCUGUGUGUUUCAGCAGGACAGGAAGAUGUUCUGCUGGAAACACAGGGAUCUCGUCAGUGCAAAGGUGGUGUCUGGGGAAGGGUUUGAAGUCCCUCGACGGGUGUACGUCGACUUCGAGGGGAUUACUUUCAGAAGAAAGUUCCUCACCGGCCUCGAGCCAGAAACCAUAAACAUGACCAUAGGCUCUUUGCAGAUUCAGAAACUUGGUGUGUUGUCAGAGCUGUCGUCUAAUGGGAGAAUGCUGUAUCCUGUCGGCUAUCAAUGUUCUCGGUUGUACUGGAGCACUGUGGACCCCCGCAGGCGCUGUAAGUACACCUGUAAGGUGACAGAAGUGAGCACGCCUCUGCCCGGUGAGGAACCGGAUCUGAGAUGGGACAAGGAGGACAAUCACACCAUCGUCCACAGUCCCAAACACCUCAGAGAUAUGGAGUCUCCUGAUCGUUUAAGCACCUCAUCCAGCCCAAUAAAGUCCACUACCCCAUCACCCAACUCUAAACUGCACAACACACCUGGAUCCAAAAGUCCUGGUUACACACAGACCAGGAGACCAGCAGGAGGAUCAUCCCGACCUCUCCCAUCGCCAGGAUCCGCUCCCCCCAAAUCUCACCACAUCCUGACACUGAGGGACCUGGAGGACACCCGUCGGCCUCGCAGGCUCUCAUCGAGAAGCCGCUGUAGUUCCUCCCCAACAGACAGUGAUCCCACUGUACCGAUGACUCUCCGCUCAGGGGGCACCGUCCACUCCAGAUGUGCACUGUUCAACUCCCCACCAAGGUCAUCAAGCGUUGGACCAGCCUCGCCUCCUCUGUCACGACAAAACUCCACAUCACCAGUUUGGAGCUCCCCGCCUAGAUCCAACUCCAGCAUCACUGCAGGGAUGUCACCGCGGCAAGCAGUCAUCACUCACUCCCCCAAAGGGAGACAGAGCUUUAAAAUCACCACUCCGGUCUCUGCCGAGGUUCCCCAAGACUUCCUGGCAUCGUCCGAGGCAGAAGACGCAGCCGUGGCCACAACCAACGGGAUCUCACUCGCCCCGGAAAACCUGGAAGAUGAAGUUGCCCACCUGAUUUCCCAGGAGCUGCCUUAUACUGUGUUUGACACUGACACAGAGGUGGCAGUGGCCUCCAUGCUGGAUGCGAAGCUCGAGUUCGAUGAAGCUCUGCUCACGGAGAACGUGGUGCUUCACUGCGGUAGAGGAGAGGUGGAAGGCGCAGUGCAGGAUGUGGAAAUGCAGGAACAGAAUCAGGAGAAUGACUCUGAAGAUGAAGACUCAAGCCAUUACUUAAAGUUUUCCCGUACCGUGGUGUGUGAAGCAGCGAGCGGCUCGGAUGCCUCAGGUCAGCUCCCCUCAGCACAGUCGAUCUCACAGUUGGAUGGAGCAGACAGCGGCUCAGAGAGCGAUGAAAGCGAAGUGAGCAGCGACGAAGUGCCGGACAUUAACAUUCUGACCAAUAACAAAAAUAAACCAACUAAACAGCUGACCAUUGCGCUAAAGAGGCUGGAGUCGAUCUACACUGUGGCACACCCAACGGUCCAACAAGCAACAACCGAGCCAGAGAUUCAGGAAAUCGCACCGCCGACUGCUCUCCUCGAGUCAGAUUACGCACAAGAUGACACUUCACUCCAGGAGGAAGAGGUCCCCAUGAGCUCUGAGGUCCCCAUGAGCUCUGAGGUCCCCAUGAGCUCUGAGGUCCCCAUGAGCUCUGAGGUCCCCAUGAGCUCUGAAACGCCAACAUCUCAAAACGAGGUGAUUUUGGAUUCAAGUACAGGCCAUUUUAUUUCUGCUGACGAUGGCGCGAUAGUUUACCCAAGAACCAUUGAAGAAGAUAAAGAUGACACUACCUCAUCAGCUGACUCGGUUGAAGGAUAUAAAGACGAUUUAAACGACCCCGACUACUCGCCAGAAACUGAAACCAAAAAAUCUCCUAUAAUGAUGAAGACUUUUGUGAUGAAGACGAAACAUCCCCCACCACAACUUAAACGCUUGUCGCCAAAACCAUGUCUUCCGCCACAGCUUAAUUACAAACUUCUGUUGCCCACUCAAACAGUAAGUAAUGUGUCUGUUUCGCCUGCUGCUGCCACUUUGUGUGCAGUCCCACGCACAGUCACAGCUCCCAUUCUAAUCAAUGGUUUAAACGCUUUACCUGUGCAGCCCGGUGCCAGACAGAGAACCUUCGCCAUCCGCCUGAACAGCUCCAAACCCGGAAGUCAGCAGCAGGCGGUGGCUGUGAAUCAGGCUGCAGCCACUAACUCGGCCUCGGCCUCAUCCCCGGCCCCGGCCCCGGCCCCAGCCCAUCAAGUCCUGCUGGUCAACCGCCAAGGCCAGAUUCUCGUCAAAGACCCGAAAUCAAACACGUACCAGUCUCUCGAUUCAAGUUCUCCUGCUUACAGUAAGAUAAGCCAGAUAGCCAAGAUUCUCCACAGUCGUAACACUUUGCAGCGCUCUGUCCCUCGUGUCAUAAUAAAGCCUCGCUCCGGCCUCCCUGCCACAAACGCCACUCCUGCCAGUAACCACACAACAACCGAGAGAAAAAUCAUCGUCAGAGUGGUGCCUGUGAAAACCAGCAGCGCUACCACAGCUGCUGUUGGAGUGCAGAGUGCCGCUGAAUCUAGUUUCUCCAACAUGGAGGAAAGCACGGCUCAGGCCAUCAUCGACAGAGCCAUGGCGACGCACCGCGACUCGUCAAGGACGAAACCCAACAUCCUCACUCACAUUCGGCAGCCAAAUGCCAGUCAGGGUAGCGUGUCCCAGUUUCAGGGCGCCGAGGAGUCGGAUCCGGCUCCAGCUGCACGUUCAGAGUCGCCCGGUGGUUUAAUAUGUGAACCAGAUUUGAACUUGCAACCAACAGCUGCCUCAUCACACCACCUGGUGAAAGUUAAGAGAGUCUCAUCAACAACUGAAAAGCUCUCGAGGAAGAAAUCCAAGAUUGACUUCUUGUCGGAUACAUCAAGUGAGCUGGAAAAGGCUAAUGAAGCCAGCAGAUUGAGUGGUGUGAGAAUGAAAGCUCCGAGCAUGAAGGACAUUCUCGAUCUAGAUCAGGCGAACGUGUCUGAGCCUGAGCUGCUGAGAAUCACUGCUCCACCUCUGCCCAAACCCUCCAGACCUCCUCAGGUUGACAGCUCAUCCGCACAAACCAACACACAGAGCGACGAGAGUAAAACACACAUGUGGGUCAGCGCUCGCCAUAGUGACCUCUCUGAAUGGGGCCCUUAUACAGGUUUCAGCUCAGACGAAGAUGCUCCUCCACCUAAACACAAAAAGAGGAUGUACAUGAACCAGCCCCACCUGCGCUUUGAAAUCACCAGUGAUGAUGGAUUUAGUGUUAAAGCAAACAGCAUCGAGGUCGCCUGGCGUGCAGUGAUUGACGGUGUCCUUGAAGCUCGCGCAGGCUUCCACCUGAAGCAGCUGCCUCUGGGCGGGAUGAGCGGGCCGCGGGUGCUCGGUGUCGUCCACGAUGCCGUCAUCUUCCUGCUGGAGCAACUGCAGGGGGCCACGAACUGCAAAUACCACCGCUUCCGCUUCCACCGCUGUGAUGCCAUCGAGGAAGAGCUUCCCCUCAACCCAAGUGGCUGCGCCCGAACUGAAAUCUACACAAGGAAAGCAACAUUUGAUAUGUUCAACUUCCUGGCAUCGCAGCACAGAGAGCCCCCGGACGUCGUCGCCCCCUUUGAUGAAGAAGAGGAUGAAUUCCCACUCAAAUCUUCCCGACGAGCCACCAGCAGUGAGCUGCCCAUGGCCAUGAGAUUCAGGCACCUGGAGAAAAUAUCCAAAGAAGCAGUUGGAGUUUACAGAUCUCAAAUUCACGGGCGUGGACUGUACUGUAAGAGGAACAUCGAGGCUGGGGAGAUGGUGAUCGAGUACGCCGGCACCGUCAUUCGCUCUGUCCUGACCGAUAUGAGGGAGAAGUAUUAUGACAGCAAGGGCAUCGGCUGCUACAUGUUCCGCAUCGACGACUUCGACGUGGUGGACGCGACGAUGCAGGGCAACGCCGCUCGCUUCAUCAACCACUCGUGCGAGCCCAACUGCUACUCCCGCGUCAUCAACGUGGACGGCCGCAAGCACAUUGUCAUCUUCGCCCUGAGGAAGAUCUACCGCGGCGAGGAGCUCACCUACGACUACAAGUUCCCCAUCGAGGACGAGGACAGCAAGCUGCACUGCAACUGCUCGACGAGACGCUGCCGCCGCUUCCUGAAUUAGCACGACGCCGCGCACCAAUGGUCAUCUUGUUGAAUUAUGCACUUGAAUUCAGAAGGCGGACUUUGAUGAAUCGAUGAAGGCGACUGUUGUGACGCUGCCAUAAGGAGAGAGGGCGCCGAUGUGCACAGAUCUGAUCUACUGAGUCCUCACUUCAUUGGAAGCUUAAUUUAUCGACUGGGCGAGAAACCAGAUUAGAGCCAUAUGUCAAAGCUUCGGAAGAGGACUAUUUAUUCAGUUUCGUGACUGCUGGAUUGUCGCUCUCUUUUUGUUCGUUUUGUCGUUAUUCAUUUACUGUUCGAUACACCUCAGUCUUUCAAGUCUUUCACUUGUCAUCGGUAGCCUCUGCUGGAGCUCGGGAGGUGACAACUACCAGCCAAAAAACGGUGCAGACUAAAAUAACCCGAUUGCAUUUAUUAGUAUGUAAAGAUGGCUCCAUUACUAUGCUGGUGACAGGGUGUCUUUGUAAAUAUCAGGUCUCAGAAAGGGAUGACGACAACUAAUUUAAAUCAGCACCUUAUUUUGAAAAGACCCUCUCAGGCAGCGCUGGUGUCACAGCAGACGGGACUAAUUUCUAUUUCCGAACAAAAGUCUACUCAAAGCACCUUGUGCACGUUGUAGUGCAGCUACAUUUUAACAUCACUCUGGACGCCACAGGGACGACAAUAAGGUGCUGAUGACAUUUACCCUAAUGGGUACUUUUAAUACGAGUCACCCAAACUUUUUCCACCUCUCAGAAACAUCUCGCUUUUAUUUGUAACGGCAGAGAUGCUGCGAUCGAAAUGCUUUUAUCCCCCUGAUCUGUUCUUUAUCUGUUCAUUUGUGCUGUCGAUGUAUUUUAAGGUCUAUGAGGGAGUUUUCCACAGUGCAGGGUUCAAAGUUACUACAGUGAUCUUGCUCUGCUCAGUCCCUUAUGAAUCUUUUUUUGUUUUGUAUUUUUGUAUAUUUGAACAAUAAAUGUAUAUUAAACAAGCUAAUGGAAAUAAAUGUGUUUGAGCUUUUAACUUAGUUUUUGUAAGUGAAGGCUGACUUAUAGGAAUGAUGCAGAGUCAUGAUCCUAAGUUAAUCUUUCUUUUUUUUUUUGUAUGUGGUUGUUUUUCACCCUGUCUCACUGGUGUUCUACCUCAAAGGUGUUUAUGAAGCAAGAUUUCAUUUAAAAAACAUUUGCUUCCUCAUUGUUCAGUCUUUGUAAUUUAUCACGUUAUUAUAGUGUGAAAACAGCCCUAUUCACUACUAUUAAACACUGACUUAUUAUUAUGCCUGCAAUGAUUUCCUGAGUAAAGGUAUCCGCUGUUUUCUUUUCCUCCUAUGUGCAUCUCCACCCGCCUGUUCACGUAGAAGCUGAACCCAGUAGAUGUUUGUUUUCGUUUUCUUAGGAUAAACAAUUGAAUUUGAAACAAAGCUUUGUCACAAUGGAUUUUUGCUUGUAUAAAGUUGUAUAAAGAAUUUCUAAAACCUGUUAAAUAUUUUUUAUAUACAUUUUUUUAAUUUAUGUUCAAUAAAGAUUUGAAAUGUUAA